UUCGGUUUUACAAUCUCUGCUACUAAACCCUUACCCAAAACCAUGUGCGAUUUUAUCCCGAUUUUUAUUCUGUUCGGAUCAUACAACAGUGUGCGCUCGCUAGGGUCGGAGGCUUUUGCAUGUCCCCGCUGCCACAACCCUGCAAUUCAUACGAUCAGUAGACGGUCGUGGCUGACCGUUUUCUUUGUACCUGUGUGUCCAAUCAGCAGCCGCAAAACACUGUACCAUUGCACAAUUUGCUCUUGGGAGGGAAUCCCAAUGGCAGUUACUCGGCUGCUGCUGCUGCUGCUGCUGCUGCUGUUGCUAAGGAGCAACCAUCACCGCCAUCACAAGCAAAAGCACAAACACCAGCCUGAAAAGAAACGGCCAGCACCGGCACCGGCAUCCGGCACCAGUACCAGCGCCAGUACCUCAAUUCCAGAAUGAGCCCUACCAGCAAACAGAUUACAGCGUCCCUCCUCCUCCGCCAUAUACUCAAGUCGAGUGAUAGCGAUACAUCAUCUCAUAUGCAUUGCGUAUAUGGAAUGUUGCCGCUUCAAAUAUAUAAGCCAGUUGUAUAAAUAUACGUGCCCAACCUGUUGGCG